ACUUGACUCGCAUAAAUAAUUUUGUUCGAAGAACAUUUAUAUGCAGUUGUACUUCGCAGCACUUCACUUGCAAUUUGCAAUUUCUAGUAUAGCUUAUUAUAAUGUGUGCUCUUUGUAAUGGAGUGUCUGUAUUGGAUGUCGUAGCCUGGGAAAUAACAGCCCAAUGCAGAUAUGCUAAUAUAGGGUACUAUAACAGCCAUUUACUAACAACAACAAUGGCUCCAACAACUCGGAUAAGUUUUCGAAAUAUUCUUUCUGAUAUAGAUCGUGCAGAAAAAUGUUAUUAUGAGUAUCAACCUGUUGGAAAUCUAAGUAAGCAACACUGUUCAAAUGAAUAUGGAUUUACGCAUUGCCCAAUGCACUAUGCAGAUGAAGAAGUGGCCAAUUAUUGCAAAAUGUAUAGGGCACCUGUGCACAAAAAUGGCGUCGUUUACGCUAAUGCACACUGUGCACGUUGUCACGGAAUAUUAGGCUCUGUUUGUAAAAGUGUAAUCCCCGAAAUUCCCGACUUUUUAAUACCCGAAGGAGAAAUUAUACCUAUUAGUAUCUUAGUAGAUUUUUCAUCUGGUAGUGUUAGCGUUGAAUCCCCAUCAGAGAAAUUCACCAGUGAAAACGUUGAUUGUGGAUUAGGCCGAGUGUACAACCCAUUUAAUGACAAAUGUAUUGAAACUGUCUGCGAGCAGGGCAAAGUCUCUACUGAGAUUGGCUGCAUUGAAUUGAUUGAAUUCCCUUUUGCAGUAGCUGUACCUGUACCAACAGAGAAUCCAUCUGGACAAACUAUUGAAUUUCUAUGUUCUUGUAACAGGUCAAGUAUUGUACAAGUACGUUAUAACGCUAACAAUGAAUCAAUACCAGCAAAAUGUAUAACUCAGAUGACGUCAUUAAUACAAGGAUAUGACACAUUGUUCGAUGUUUAUCACUUUGGUACAUCAAAUUCUUUAAUUUUAUUCGAAACAUCAGAGUACCAGCUACUCAACGAAGUGCAUACAUUAAUUUAUCAACAAUUCAAUAGUAACCACAGAAGUUUGUUGAAAAAUAUUACAUUGACACAGAUUUGUGAAAAUGAAAAUAUGAUGUCACUAGGUGUUGGGCGCUGUGAUAAUCGGUUCUUCAAUAUAAACACGUUAAACGUUACAAAACAAAGUGAAGGGUUCACAGUUACAGACGAAAAUAAUAAUUUCAUAAUAACAAGUGAUUAUCAAGUGAAAAUGACAUACAUAAUUGCGAGUAAUACAACUUUAAGCACACUAAGAAUAGCCAACUGUUCAUAUAGCACAACCUGCCCUCUAGUCGCUCUUGACAUAAUCGAUUUUUAUAUUUUCAACAAUAACACUUGGGUUUACAAACCUACCGAUCGUCGAUUCAAACAUGAUGAAAUUACAAUCAUGUUUAAUGAUACAGUUCUUGUCUGUUCAAUUUUCUCACCAAAUGGAACAAAAACAUCUUCGGUAACGUUUUUUGUUUACGAGGACACCCUACAAGUUGUCAACCUAGUUGGUGUGUUUUGUUCUCUGCUAGGUUUAUUUCUGACAUUGGUCGUGUAUUGUGCCUCCAAGAAACGCGAAAUGUAUUCUGGUACAAUUGUAAUAAAUAUUGCAGUGUCGUUGUUUCUUGCGCAGCUACUGACAUUAUUUGCGGGAAUGGUUACUACUCAAUCUAAGCACGCAUGUGCUGCUUUUGCAGCGCUUCUGCAUUAUCAUUGACUGGUAGCCUUCAUGUGGAUGUUUUUGAUGUCGCUAAUUCUAUUUAAAUCUUUCCGUUCGUUUAAGUCUUCCCUAGAUAGCCGUCAUCAGAAGCAGUCUAUAAAAAGUUUCGCAUUAGGUUUUGGUUGGGGAUUUCCUUUUGGAUUCGUGGCUAUCCUUUUUACUCUUCAUUUAUGCGAUUGCGUAGACUUACCUUUUCAUUUUCUGUAUGGUGACGAUACCGUUUGCUGGAUACUUGGCGAGUUUUCUGUGUUCCUAUUCCUUGGAAUUCCCAUGUCUAUAAUUUUGUUUUUAAACAGUUCUCUGUUCUUAGCCACAGCUUAUGGAAUUUAUCGAUCCAAGAAACACUCAAAGGAAAUUCUACGUGAUUUGAAAAAGAAUAAUAUCAUGGAAAGUCUCAUCAUUUAUGCAAAGCUUCAAGAGUUUGGAUAAAAAAUACCAAGAGAAUUGAAGGAAACACGAAGAAAUAAACGAAUAAUAUGCACAUUAUCAUUCACUUGAAAUCUUGAAUACCCCUGCGCAGUAUGGGGUAUAUGAAGAUAUAUUUAUAUAUGAUUUUAUCAUAUUGUAUAUAC